CAACCUCACAACAUUCUGCAGAGGCGCCUCAUGGAAACCAACCUGUCCAAGCUCCGGAGCAGUCGUGUCCCCUGGGCCUCCAAGACCAACAAAUUCAAUCAGGCAAAGUCUGAAGGGCUAAAGAAGUGUGAAGAUGAUGACAUGAUUUUAGUGUCCUGCCAGUGUGCUGGAAAGGACGUGAAAGCUUUGGUUGACACCGGUUGUCAGUAUAAUCUCAUCUCUUCGGCCUGUGUGGACAGAUUGGGACUAAAGGACCAAGUCAAAUCUCACAAGCAUGAAGGAGAAAAGCUUUCUCUACCACGGCAUCUCAAAGUAGUUGGCCAUAUUGAGCACCUGCUGAUUACAGUGGGCUCUCUCCGUCUGGAUUGCCCAGCAGCUGUUGUUGAUGAUAAUGAAAAAAACUUGUCGCUUGGUCUUCAGACUCUUAGAUCCCUGAAGUGUAUCAUAAAUUUGGACAAGCACCGGCUGAUCGUUGGGAAGACAGACAAAGAAGAAAUCCCUUUUGUGGAGACAGUUUCUUUGAAUGAAGACAAGAGCUUAGUGCCUGGAUUCUCCACCUCCAGUAGUUCUGGGGGAGCGGGGAUGCUACCGGUGCGGUCCAUAUGUAGCGGAGCCCAAGUUGAGCCAGCCCAGCUCCACAGUCGUGGCCCUCUUCCCAGCCCCAAGCUGCACCAAGGAGGUCAGCCCUUAGUGGAAGCCACACCCACGUAG